AUGAAGCGUCUGCUACGUGUGACAUCGUACAUUUUUCGGUUCCUGAACGCUAUCAAAACCAAACAUGUGCGCGAAAAAGGCCGGAGAGUUAAAUCUGUCGCUGACGUCGACGAGCUAACUUAUAAAGAGUUGAAAGAGGCUGAGUGCUACUGGAUAAGGGAUGCUCAAAGGGGUGAUUACGAGAAGGAAAUCGGCGCAUUGCAACAGGGCUUGUUAAUCUCAUCUGAUUCAAAGCUUUUGACUUUAAAUCCAAUACUGGAGAAUGACGUACUGGUGCUCACAGGAAGACUGCAUGGAGUUGAAUUUGGUAAUAGACAUACUAACCCAAUUAUUCUUCCAAAGCAUUCUCGUUUUAGCCAGCUGAUAAUAAUUGAGGCGCAUAAAGCCACUCUACAUGGUGGCGUUAAUGCAGUUUUGUCGCACAUUAGAAAGAACUUUUGGAUAGUUCAAGGUCGGCAGCUGAUUAAGAACAUUCUUCAGCGUUGUGUAAUAUGCAAGCGCCUAUACGGCAAAAGCGCGUCAGAACCGUGGACGGUUUUACCAGCCGAACGAAUUGCAACGGCUAGGGUUUUUGAAACCACUGGUGUGGAUUUCGCCGGCCCACUCUACGUAAAGACUGAUGGAGACGACAUCCGUAAAAAGGUCUACAUAAUGCUGUUUACUUGCGCAGCAAUUCGCGCGGUGCACUUGGAGUUAGUUGCUGACAUGACCGUUAAUAGCUGUAUCGAGGCUUUGCGGAGGUUUAUAGCAAGGCGCGGUACACCCAAAAUCAUAAUCUCCGAUAAUGCUAGAACAUUUAAGAGAGCGGACCUGGAGCUCCGAAAACUUGAAGAACUGGUGAAAAAGAAGGAGGUAUUACAGCUGGCUGCACAUAAAGGUAUCACAUGGAGAUACAUCCCUGAGAGAGCGGCAUGGUGGGGCGGUUUUUGGGAACGCCUGGUGCGGUCGGUCAAAAACGCUUUAAAAGCAUCAAUUGGCAGAGCGGUGCUAACAUCAGAGGAGCUUAGAACAUUACUUACCGAAGUCGAGAGUGUAGUAAAUGCCAGGCCGCUAACUUAUAUUACCAAUGACGAUAAGGACUUGGAGCCACUUACUCCGUCGAAUUUUCUAAUCGACUGCAAUUCAGCUAUUUUGGCUACAGAUUUUCAAUCUGACGGGUCGACGAUUUCACAAGCCUGGACGCUACGUCAAGCUUUACUGCGGCGCUAUAUGAAGAGGUGGCGCGAAGAAUAUCUGCAACAACUUCGCUACAUUCAUCACAACAAGAGCGCAGCGUCACGCAGCAUAGGGAUUGGUGACGUAGUUUUGGUGAAAGAUGACAACAAACCUCGCCUUCAGUGGAAGCUAGCAGUCGUGCAGACGACGUACCAAGGACGAGACGGGCGUAUUAGAGUAUGUGACGUACGAAUGCAAGGUCAGCAAGUGCUUAAGAGGCCAAUUCAGUUACUCUACCCUCUGGAAAUUUCAUCAUCGAUUGCCGGGCCCGAGGAUGUUGAAAAUUGA